UCGCGGGGUCUCUGGUGAUGCUCGAAAUGCUGUCUAUGUAGACAGCUCACUAGUUUCUGACACACAGCCUUUGUCUUGUGUUGUAAAUAAUUGUUCGUUCGGGUGGGUGAGGAAUAUGCGCCACGCGGAACAAUUUCGCCUGAACACGAUGUCCCAGCCGAGGCCAUUUCGCGGUCGGAUCGCUGUUUGUUUUGAUGCCAACAGCGGGGUUCCACAAGACUUGCGUGUGAAUGAAAACGCAGCGUGAUUAAUUAGGGAUGGAAGAGAACGAGCUUUCGACCUUCCGAGAGCGAUGGAAACAGGAGUUAAAGAAAAAUACCAAGACAUCAUGUAAAGACAAAGAGGGAUAUUUUGGCCAUCCCAGCAAAGACAGCUCAUCUCUUCACCAGAGCGCGAGCUUUUGGGAGAAACAGAGCAAUGCGGCGCAGCAAAGUCAGCAAACACCAAAAGACCAGCCGCAGUAUUUGUCGAUCGCCGAGGGUUUGUUGGACGGCAGAAGCAGUCCACUGCUGGACAGAAUCGAGCAGGAGCGAACGCGCAGGAGGCGCGCUCCCGAUAGCGAGGCGCUCAACACGGAUGCACCCCACAAAAAAGUCAACAAGUGCCAGAAACUGCUCGAGCAGUUCCUUCAGGACCUGAAUGAGAUGAAUGACAUCCCAUUCUUUGAUGUGGAGUUGCCUUAUGAACUGGCGCUCAAGAUUUUCUACUUCCUGGGCAGAACAGAUCUAGGACGUUGUGCCCAGGUGUCUAAAUCCUGGAAGGUGCUGGCUGAGGAUGAGGUCCUGUGGCAUAGAUUGUGCCUGGAGGAAGGUUAUCACAAUGGGGCAAGUAUCUCUGACUCCCCAUGCUGGAAGAGCACUCUUCGAGACUGCCGCAACACUGAGAGCAUGGUGAAGUCAAACUGGAAGAAUCGUGUUGGGUCCAUUCGUCAUCUGCAGUUUGAGUUAGGAAAGGUGUUGUGUGACGUCAGUUCCUGUGCUGGUCUUGUGAUUGCUGGCUACACCUCUGGGGAUGUCUGCCUGUGGGACACUCUUCACUGGGACAAAUCUUACCUGCGCCCUACACAUUUCAUCAGAAAUGAAACCCCUGCACCUUAUGUUAGUCACGUACGCGUCAAUAAGACCGUAGCCACAGCCGCUUAUGAGAAUGGCUGUGUAGAUGUGUGGAGCACUGAAACCGGUCUUGAGCCCAUCCAUCAGUACCAGCACCUCCAGAGGGUUCAUGCUUUGGAUCUAAGUCCCGAUAGUCCGGUUUUGGUCUCUGCAUCAGGACCGGAUGUGCGAGUGGACUCCCCAGAUGAGCAGAGCUACUGGAGAUCACCGUGUCUCAUUCAGUUACCAAAGCCUGUAGAUGGGGUGUUUGUGGUGCCAGGGAGGCGGGACUUCCCUUUGGUCACAGCGUGGGCAGGUGAGAGUGUUUACCUGCUGGAUUCCAGAAGGAAUGAAGAACAGGAACCAAGAGUUCUUCACUCUGUAUACGGCCAUCCAGUGACUUGUGUAGAAGUGUCACCCGGCAGAGCUGCACUGGGGAUCAAGGGCAGCGGAUGGGCCAUGAGCGACGGGGGAAACAAGAUUCAGGUGUACAGCCUGGAGACCAGCCAGUGCGAGCUGACCGUGGGGAACUCGGCGGGAAACUUCACCUGCGUCGACCUGAGAGACAGCCACCCUCACCUGCUGGUGUGUGGGAACAAAGACAGGCGCGUGAGAGUGUUUGACUUGCGUACGGGCUCCUCAGUCAUCUCUUUAUAUGCCCAUCACAUGGGCGUGACCACCAUCCAGGCAGAUGAUUGGAAGAUCGUAAGCGGCGGUGGCGAGGGAUUGGUCUGUGUGUGGGAAAUGAGGAUAAGAGCCAAACUCUGGGAAAUGCACAACAGACACCCGGUUCGCCACAUACAGUUCAACAGCAGCUCCCUGGUGACGGCCAACGUCCCCAAUGAGAAGAACCCUCGCGGGGCUUGUAUCACAGACGAUGACCUCACCGCUCACCGCAGGUACAGAGGACUGAUCUGUCACUAUGAUUUCUCAAUGGACUCGUCUACCCCGGAUCAUGUCCUGCCCAUCUGCAGGUCCAACUACACUGAGUCCUCUGGAUACAACUAUAACAUUGGCUUGGCGAUGCCGUAUGAUGUACUGAAAAUCACCUAGGUUGGCAUCUUAUUCUCUGUUCUUUUAGGAUCAGUCGCAGUGGAAAGAUUGAUAUUGAAUUUGCUAUUUUAAAAUGAUACGGGGACAUAUUUCUUAAAAAAAAAAUGAAUAAUAAUAAUUUAAUCAUAAAUAAUGUAAUUUCAAAACUGUGGCCCUUUAAGAUCUAUGGACUGUAUGGACUAGAAUUGUGUACAUUUUUACUUGUCUUGUCUCAUUUUAGUAUACACUAUCAUAAUAUUAAAUCAUCUGAGAAGAUGAAAUACAAAUGAUACAAAAUGAAGUUUAAGUGGUUUCAUAACUCUCUGCAGUCUGUAAUGCACUACACAAAGGUAGUUUGAUUGAUUUUUUUUUUAAUUUUAUACAGGGUUUCCACGGGGUUGUAAAAGGUAGUAAAUUAAAUUAUGCCAAAUUAAGGCCAGUAAAAAGUAGUAAACGUCAUCUGACGAGGUAGUAAAUUUUCGAAGCCCCGUCUAACUGGGUCUAUAUCCAUAGACAGUAAAAGAAAUAUCAUGGGUGUCCAAACCGCGGCCCGUAGUCCAGUUUUUAUUGGCCCACAGCCAGGGUACAAAAUUAACAAGCGCCAAGUGCGGUUAGAUUUUCCGUUUGGUGACAGUGAAGUGCCAGUUUAGGCGUCUGGUCUAUUUUUUACGCGAUCCGCGUCAAUUCCAGAAGGAAGUCACACCAAGAAACAUGAAAUAAUCCGGUCAAUUGUCAAAAUAGAAGCAAUUUUCAAAUUAAAAUACCGUGAGUGACAAAUGUGAUCAUAGGUGUGAACAGGCAGGCGGCGGACCGCGCGUGAUUUUCCGUUCCGCGUCGCUUCGGCGUCCGGUGUGAAACAGGCUUAAUCUCAAAAGGCUGUCCGCAACAUUGGCGGGUGAAUGUUCAUCAUACCAAAAUAAUAAAAAAAAGAUAUUACAAUUUCCUUUUGUAAUAUUAUGAUGCCUUGAAAUUAGUUCAAAUCUCCUGAGAAUCUAGAGCGAGUGAGCAAAAGCGCGCAUGCAAACCGUACCGUGUAGCGAGCGCACGGCAGAGAGGGAGAGACCUUGCGUGUGUGUGUUUGUGUGUGUGUGUGUGUGUGUGUGUGUGUGUGUCUCUCUCUCUCUCAUGCAGUGGUGACGCGUUUAUAUAAACGGCACCUAAACACUGUAAAAAAAUAUUAUGACAUUUUAAUUGUUUAUUAAUAAACACGUGUUUCUGUGUAAGCUGCAAAGAUGAGGAUGACACUGACUCGCGAUCUUCGCAGUAGUGAACGCACCGGAGAAAAAUGCUUUUCUUACGGAUUAGCCAGGGGCGGACUGGCCAUUGGGAGCACCGGGACAUUUGUAGCCUAGUGUACAAUGCUUAUUUAUUUUGAAGGUGACGAAGGAAGCAACAGUAGCACUAGUGCUGUUAGUGCUCCUGCUGUUGAACACGAGAGGGUGGACAGUUCAGCUUUUGAGUCAGAGAAAAUUCAGCUAAAGUUUAAGCUAUAAGCAAAACUAAACAUGCUGGCUAUAGUCUUAGAAAAAUAUGUGCUUUUAUGAUUUAUAAGGUCAUCAGUAGUAGGACUGUGAUCAUUGGGACAUACAAUUGAUCUGUGAGGAGAGUAGCCUAGGCUACCUAUACGCUGAGUUUCGGUUCAUGUCUGAACGUGUUGUGAUUAUACAAAAUAAUGAAACAUGGGUUAAAAUUAAGAUAAAAUUAAUACAAAACGAAAUUUGUUUCAAAGAGGGACUUUGUUUUCUCUGUUUGAUGUUUUCUCUCUCUCUCUCUCUCUCUCUCUCUGUGUGUGUUGGACAGUGCUUGGCUUGUGUCCAGUGUUGAAGUUAUUUGUUUAUUAAUGAAAUACUGUUAUUCUAGUGUACAAUUGCACUUUAUUAUUACACAUUGUGUAGCUGUUCAUUCUAAAGGUCUGUCUUCUAAUUUUUAUGUAAUUGUUACUCUUUGACAUAUUGAGUAAAUCCAAUGGACCAAG